ACGAGCGUUAGUUUUAAUGACCGCAGACUCCCUAUUCCCCAGGCCAUCUCUCUCUCUCUCUCUAGAAGCCUUUCAACUCCGGCGAAGAAUCAAGAGCUCAGAUCCCUAAUUUUGUCAUUUCGAUUUUUUUCUAGGGUUUGAUUGUUUGUGAAUUGUUGAUUUUUUUUUUUUUCUUUCGAAGAUGUGGCAAGGAUCGUACCGGAAAGACGAUGUGGAAUCGGGUGCGACUCUUCUCUACCCGACGAUGCUGGAGUCGCCGGAGCUCCGGUGGGCUUUCAUUCGCAAAAUUUACUCCAUAUUGACUCUCCAGUUGCUUCUCACCGUCGCAGUCGCUGCCGUGGUGAUCACCGUGCGCCCAAUCUCCGUCUUCUUCGCCACCACCGGGACCGGCCUGGCUCUCUAUAUCGUCCUCAUCCUCAUGCCUUUCAUCGUGUUGUGUCCGUUAGCGUCUUAUCAUCAGCGACACCCGGUGAAUUAUUUUCUGCUUGGGCUGUUUACGAUUAGUAUUGCUUUUGCUGUGGGAUUGACUUGUGCUUUUACCAGCGCGGAGGUAAUUUUGGAAUCUGUGAUCCUAACAACUGUGGUGGUUGUAAGUCUCACUUUGUACACAUUUUGGGCUGCGAAGAGAGGCCAUGAUUUCAAUUUCCUAGGGCCCUUCUUGUUUGGUGCUGUUAUGGUGCUUAUUCUGUUUGCACUGAUUCAGUCGCUCUUUCCUCUGGGUAAGACCUCGGUUAUGAUCUAUGGUUGUCUGGCAUCUAUCAUAUUCUGUGCAUACAUCAUAUACGACACCGACAAUUUGAUCAAGCGCUAUACGUAUGAUGAAUUCAUCUGGGCUUCUGUAGUGCUGUAUCUGGAUGUCAUCAAUCUCUUCCUGUCAUUGUUGACUGUUUUCAGAGCUGCAGAUAGUUAGGGAGAUUCCUCUCUCUCUCUCUCUCUCUCUCCCUCUCUCUCUCUCUUGUAUUGUUUGUUGUGAAGUACAUAAAAGAGUUGAUAUGAUUAAAUUAUGUGUUUCCUUGCUGAUAAAUAGCUGAUGGGAUGGUGGAGUAUGGGAUAUUUUGCUCUAGUGUAAUGAAGUUCAAAGUUCAAUACUCUCUUUCCUUUAA